CCUUCCAGAUCGUGUGCUGUUGCUUUGAAGCGGGGAAGCCGUGUGCUGUGAACGGGGAGCUGGCUCCUCCUCUCCGUGUGCUGCAGACGUCAGCUGUGGUGAGCUCCACGUCUCUGGCAGUGAAGUUCAGCACCGUGUUUCGCUUCUUCGUGACCUCAGCUCUUUCUGUCUGUCAAAACCAUGUUUUUUUCUUGAGAAGUUUAGGCCCGUUUAAUACGAAAGUUGAUUAGAAACUCCUUAAACCCUCCUCCUGGCACGUUAUUUUUUGAUUUCUUCCCGUUUCCCAUUUUACGAUGGUUUAUUGCUCGGCGCUGAACUGCCAAAAUGCCACCAGCGGGGUGUACAAGAACAGUACCGUUACUUUCUAUGGCUUUCCUUUACAAAAUAAACCUCUCUUGAAGCAGUGGAUUCACAACAUGGGCCGGGACAUGGGAACACCUUCCAAGCAUCAGCGACUGUGUUCGAAGCAUUUUGAGGACAGUUCUUUUGAAAUUGACCCCUUAAAAAUUAGAAAAAACAGACGUCUGCUGAAAGAAGCUGUUCCCAAAAAAUUCAUUUUGGGUGAAGAUGGCAACUGGCUCGUUGGCACGCCACGGAGUUUCUGCGGUGGGAUAAGUAAUAAAACUCGAAAACGAAUCCGGAAUCCUGAGCACUCGAGGGUCCCUGGGACGUUUGAUAAUGCUGCAGCGUGUGAGGGGAAGGACUUGGAAGAUCGGCAGAAAGAACUUUACAAGAAAGCGAUAAAGGGGAAUUGUGAAUCUUUAACCACGUUGGGUAACGGCCGCGGUGGUACCGUGAUCAGAUCCCAGCUGCAGAGUCACGCCAAGAGCACAGAAAAUGCAGAACUGCGUGGAUCGUUCUCAGGAGGAUCCCGAGACCUGACUUGCCAAAUUUCGGACAAGGGGGUAGCAUCUGAGAGUCAUCAGAAUGCAGCAACAGAUCAGGCAAGUCCAACGGGAAACAGAAGGGGUAACAGCUCUCUUGAGGAAGGAGAACCUAACGAAUUCAGAGAGAUCCUUUUUUAUCAGCAAACCCGUUCAGGAGAAAGACUGUAUCUGUGUACGGAAUGUCAGAAGACUUUUAAAUUGAAAAUUGGACUUCUAAAACAUAAGCAGAUGCACACCAAGAAGAACCAGGUAUCGUCGUACAUAUGCACAGACUGCGGCAAGAGCUUUGGUCGCCACGCAGACUUGAUUCGCCACCAGAGAACUCACACAGGAGAGAGGCCUUACAAGUGCACGGAAUGUGAGAAAAGUUUUAUGGAAAAACCGAGACUCACUAAUCACUUGCGAACUCAUAACAUACACAUGUAAUCCGUGCGCCAAAAGCUUUCCUGGGAUAGAUUUUUCCACUCAGUUAUCAAAAAAUCCCUCUCCUUCCAGAGACGAUGGCUUACAGUCAUAUAUUGAUUAGAGGGAAGCUUUAGGAUAAGACAGUUUUGCUAAACUGAGUCAAGUUCAAGCAUGACAGGCAUCUGGGUGGUGAGGGCCUAACAGGCGUUGAUUAGGAGCUGAUUUUAAUUAGCAGCUAGAUGAUUCAUAUCUGGGAGGAGGAGCUGUACAGAGCAGUGCUGACUGUACCAAAAUAUUAACAAACUCUCCUGGCACACCGAACGGCGCACGCUAGAGAACGUCUGUAUUAAUGCAGAAAAACGCUGGGAGUUUUUUCAGGUAUGAGAAGGCUGAGAAAAUGUCACGAUCAGAACAGGAUUGUCUGCAGAGCUGUAAGCAGGAAGCGGAGCUUCUGAGAGCUUAGGCUAAGGUGAAUGGUUGGGUUUGAUGUAAAAAUAGCAACUAAAAAAAAAAAAAGUUGUUCAGCAGUUACAGUCAUAGGACAGCAGCGGUGGCAGUGAAAGCGCUGUCACGUGGAAACAAUGACCAGAAUCGGUUGCUUCAAACUUCUAUUUACUGGGGGCGAGAUGCCAAUUUAAUUUCUGAGAUUCUGGAAGAGAGCAUGGGUAUAUUCUUAAUGUACGUGGAAAGUAUAGGUAACGUUGCUCUGUAAACUACAAAGACAGCAGUGGCUUCAGCUACAGGGACGAGACCAGCAGGCAGGAGGGGAGUCCUGCGGAGACGGCAUUUGUAGAUCACGCCUCUCCUCUCCGCAGGCGGGUGCUGUUCUGCGUUUUUGCUUAUUCCAGUUGAGCGCGAAGAUUACAAAAGUCGUGUGGCCUCCAGUUCGAGCGCCUGCUUUGCAGUGAGCCCGUGAGUGAAGUCGAUGUCCUUGGCUUCCCCUGAGGAGCAGCAGAGCAAGAAACAGCUGGUGCUGUGCUGGAGUUCGAUAAGUUCUGAAGGGGAUCGGGGGGAUACACUUGCCCCCAGGGAUCCCUGCCCUUCCCAAAUACGGGAGUAACGUCCAGAAAACUCUUUUGUCACCAGCUUCUCAUUAUUUCCUUCUCAUAAUUGCCCGGGGGACAGCUUUUCUUUUAUUCUUCUCCCACGCAGCUUAAUGCCUUAGUGGUCACAGGUACGCUGUGUGCUCCUGAAUGAGGGUUCUUUGGAGGGAGGCGAUUCCUUGUGGAGCAAAUCCUGUCAAACACCGUCCUACCAAAACUGCGGUUCCUUCUGUGAAACAGUUGAAGAACACCUGGAAUAGCGGGGCUGAAUCUGGCACGUGGUUCAGGAGCUGCUGAAAUUAAAUCCUGGAUGAAAGACCUCACGUAGGAAGCUCUGCCUCCUUCCCCCACUUGCAAGCGCAGAGCUAAGGAGCAUCCGACCGGGCAGAGGCGGUCGCUUAAAUCUGAGACUUUGUAUGCACUGAAAUACAAGUAAUCACCUUGUUUAGAGAUUUAAGCGGAGACGGAGAUUAAAUGGAGUUAGAGACGGAAAGCCAUGCAGGCAGUGUGGCUAUCCGAAAUGGUGACGGCGUGUUGUGUUUCACUCGCUCAAAAUGCUGAGCGAAUCUUAAACGAUGAAAUUCGGCAAAAAUGUUGAGGAGGUUCAGUAAUAAAAACUAGGUGUCUCCCGCCUGAGAAGCGUCGAAAGGUUAGCUCCUCGGGUUAGCAGCGGGCAUGGUGAGGGUGAACGGCUACAGGAGUCAUGAUUGCUGGAACGCAUAUUCCGUGGUCCUGUUUUUACAGUAAAAGUUCAGAUGUGCAGGGGAAAUCCAGAGCCAGCCCCUAUGGAAAUGACUCGUGGCCUGAGAAGCGAGCGACAGAAUGAAUCGGGAAGAGACGCUGCGGCUAUGAUUUGGUGAAAACUUCGGUGUCCGUUUUCUUUCGCCUGCAAGCGGAAGGGCUCUGGUGUGGCAGGUGGAUUUCUCCCAACGUCCCGACCCUCUCACCUGAAACUCGGAGCGCACGUGGAGAGAAAUGUGACUCCUUACAGCGUCUCGCUGCACCGGCUCGGUGAGGAGUUCUCCGCUUAGGAUAUAAAAAGUGCAGAGAUGUUAAUGCAGAGAUCUGCUUAAAAAAAGAUAAGUUGUGUUGGUUUUGUUUCUGCUGUAGACCCUCCGUCCUGUUCCACUGAUACUGGUAGGAAUUUGGCCUUGGUUGAGCCUCGGCUUAGCCCAGAAUGAUUAAACAAAUAGUUUAUGUGCGAGAGUAAUCGUUCCCUCCCUGUGUUGCUGUUACACUGUUAUAAACUUCAAAAAUAGUUAUUUCUGCAGCUGUAUUUAACCAUUGUGUUUCCAGCCCCCAUGGAAAAAUAACGCUAAAAUGUAAAACAUGAAAGAUUUAUGCCCGGUGCUAAGGGGUGUGAAACAUCAAUGCACAGAGGUUACUCGGGGUAUUUCUGUUCCUUCUAUAUCCAAGGAGCAAUUCACUGGAGAGCAAAGUACCCCGUUUUCAAGAAGACCUGAGUGGUACGAUGCCCUUUUACCGGACAACGCAUCUCUUCAGGUAUCUUGUGUUAUGAUGCAGCGUUGUCCCCCUUGUCACCGUACCUAAAUAACCUGCACUAGGAAUGUGCUGCUUAAACUUAAAAAAAAGAAAAAAGAGUAGCGUGAGGUAAGCAUCAGAAAGCGCAGCAUGACAGUUACUCCGGUCCGAAGCUUAGCCUAAGGGAGAACAGAACAAACUUGGCUAAAGCAGGGUAAAAAUUGGGUAACCCUUUAGUGCGGCGUCUGCUGGGGUGUUCGGGAAGUUGAGGUGGGAAACGGGCAGAAGGGUUGUGGAAACUCGCCGUUCCUUGCCCGAGUCUUUUCCCAGGAACGCACGCGGGAAUCGCGAGAUUCUCUCAAUUCCUCUCUGGGAAACUGUCUUAACUCUCUUGUAGCAGGGAGAGUAAGAGUUUUUCGUAGACAACGUUAUUUAGUAAGAAACCUAAGCUGAGAAUCCGUGUACUUGCCUUGAGAAAUAGCGUUCUUGCAUUGGGAAAUACAAGCAACCGCAUAAACUCUUCGGUUUGUGCAGUCAGAGGAAAAAAAAGCCAGAUCUUUAGCAAGAUAGGUUUUCCUUAAAGAGAAUUUCCAAUACGUUCCGUUAUUUAUUUUUAAAAAGCUUUAGGUCAUGUUUAAGCUGCAAAUGUAAAGCUCCCCCUGGUGUGUACCACCUUGUCAGGAGCAGCAGCGAGAGAAACGCAUCUGAGAAUAAAACGUUUUUGGUUUUAAGAGCCCCUGCGUUCUCUGAACGGUAGAAACAAGGUCGGGAUGUAGCACGUGAGGCUUUUCUGCCCUUUCUGGUUUAAUUAUGCUUUACGGAUUGCUGACUGAAGUGUCCUCUCCCAUUCUGUUCCCUUCAGUUUGCAAAGUGAGCGGUCGGGCAUUUCCUGAUUGAUGUUGAUAAAAGAUUAUUUCUUUUUGAA